ACAGUCACUGUGUGUACAGGUCUGUGGACAAAAUGUUUUGUCCUCGAUGCGCUCUAGAAAGAGAAUGACGCGCCAUGCGUUCGCUGUUUUCCUGAAGGGGAGCGGCUUAUUGUAAAUAGCGUACGCUGAUUGUGCUGUAAAGCGCAGGAAUGGCGGAGACAAAAGUGAACGCGCCGGUCACGCGGAACGGAGCCAGAGGAGCACCAGCGCGAGCGAGGCCCGCGCGCUGACUGCACAUCACGUGAUUUCAUGGAAUGGCGCUGCAGGAGAAGCGCAAAUGUGAAAGUAAAACUUGGCACGAAUCUAUCAGUAUAUCUUUCCCCAAGCUGUGCUGGAGAUUUGAACACUUUGUCUGCAUCACUGAAUGACAGACACUAUGGAAGAUCACACAGGCCGUUCUACACUGUAGGAUGGUUGCACGCAAUAACCUGGAAGACAAUUCAGCAGCAACACAGAACAGAACAAGCAUCGAACUUCCUGCAGUUGAUUUCCACCCCCUCCAGAACAGGCAGCACCAGCACGGCGCCCCCUGCCCUGAGAGCCAGACACGCUUCCGACUCUUCAAAAACGACGACUUCAAAAUUAUCACCAAGACGACCUCCAUGCUGGAGAGAAGCGGUUUUUACUGGGGCCCCAUAACAGUUGAAGAAGCUCACAGCAGACUGAAACAGGAGCCUCUGGGAACCUUCCUCAUCCGAGACAGUCGACAAAAAGACGUGUUGUUCACGCUCAGCUACAGGGCGCCAUCGGGACCCACCAGUGUUCGGAUCAAUUUCGAGGGCUCCCGCUUCAGCUUGGCUGGAAGUGAGAAGUCCUUUGACUCCAUCUUCACACUGUUGGAACAUUACAUAGCUUCACCUAAGAAGUGUCUCAUCAGGCCUUACAGGAAAGUCAGAUUACAGCCAUUGCAAGAGCUUUGCCGGAAAAGGAUUAUCGAAACAUGUGGUGGGGAGAAAAUAGACAACAUCCCAGUAAAUGCUGUUUUGAAAGACUUUUUGAACUCCUUUCCUUAUCGGCUAUAAGGACAAGUCUAAAUGCAUUACAAAAGCACCACUGCCAUCACAGGUGGAAGACACUUGAGUUUUGAUUUGCUGUUCUGUUCUGUUUUUUUUUUUUUUUUUUUAGUAAUUUUAUAUUCUUGUAGCAAAUUGAGAUAUUAUGAAAUAUACUUGAACACUUAUUAUGCUUAUGAAUGUUUACACUAUGUACUGUAUGAGCAUAUAUGCUCUGAAUAGCAUAUGUCUGCUAUGCAGAUGACAAUGGUAUCUGGAAUCCCACACAAAAUAAAUUUUUGUGCUGAAAAAUUAAUAACAAAUUGCUCUACUUUUUUCACUGGGAAAUCUAGAACUGACAUACUGAGAAAGAAAGAAAGAAAGAAAAAGUGUAACUUGAGAGUUUAAAGUUUUAAUACUCUUGGGAAUUUAGGAGAUACUGUAGUUUCUGUAGUAAACUGUAACUGUUUCAGGAUCAGGAAAGCUGGUACCGAACAGCUGCAAAGAGUUUGCUGUUUCAGAUAAACAGCUAAUGGCCAUUGUUUUGUCAGAUUAGCUGUUACUGUCUGAGGUUUAAUAGUACACAGAAAUAAUAUUGUAUUGUACUGUGUAAAUUUUGAAAAAUGAAACAGCAACCAAUGAAAAUAAGAUCUUUUAUCAAAGAUCUAUAAUUUA